AUGCAAAUUUUCGUUAAGACUUUGACUGGUAAGACCAUUACUUUAGAAGUUGAAUCUUCUGACACUAUUGACAAUGUCAAGUCCAAGAUCCAAGACAAGGAAGGAAUUCCACCUGACCAACAAAGAUUGAUCUUUGCCGGUAAGCAAUUGGAGGACGGUAGAACUUUAUCUGACUACAAUAUUCAAAAGGAAUCCACUUUACAUUUGGUCUUGAGAUUGAGAGGUGGUAUUAUCGAACCAUCUUUGAAAGCCUUAGCUUCCAAGUAUAACUGUGACAAAUCUGUCUGUCGUAAAUGUUACGCUAGAUUGCCACCAAGAGCUACCAACUGUAGAAAGAGAAAGUGUGGUCACACUAACCAAUUGCGUCCAAAGAAGAAGUUAAAAUAG